UCUGAGCAUGUGUGCGCGCGUCCCUCACACUGGAGCGAGUCAGCGAGAGGGAGUACAGAGCUGAGCGGAAUCUGUCAGGUUCAAACCCCCCUCCUCGUGAGGCAAACGAGGGAUGAGAGCGGAGGCGCAGACCCCAGGGAGACGCCGGAGGACCCCAAAGUGAGGUCACUUCCCUUAUGAGCACUCAAACCUGGAUCCCAUCGCCUUCCAUGGUGUAAUCGAUCUGUGUUACCUCCCCGUCGAGAGAAAACAGUCGACCCUGAUGUCGAUGCAGUUGUGAGGCGGCGAGACCAAGAGGUCAAGGGGUCAGAGAUUACAUCGAGCUGGGACUGAGAGCUUUCCAAAGCGAGGAACCGGGAGGCUGCGCGAGGACCCCGGUGCCUGGAAGGACGGUGUCAUCGACUCAAGGGGUCAAAGAUGAUGACAUCGCACGGAAAACUGAGGAGGGAGAAGGGGAGCCUGGCGGAGUAUGACUCUCAGAUGAAGGAUCUGCGCGCCCAGCUGACAGAUCAAGUAAAGAUUCUGGACUCCCAAGUGGAGGUAAAACAGCAGCAGCUUUCGGACCUUUCGGAGUUCCUCCGGCGCCGAGGCGACAUAGAGGCCGAGUACGCGCGGGCCCUCGACAAACUCACGGAGAGGUUCACGCACAAGACUAAAAAGAAGGAGCAAUGGGGUCAGUCGGUGUGUCAAGUCUGGUCGGUUCUGCUGACUCAGACGCGCCUGGAGAGCCGGGAACACGCAGCGCUGGGGGACACCUGCUGCAACACGCUCACUCAGAGGCUCGCACACAGCACGGAGGACACACACCGUCUGCACAAGCGGAGCAAAGAAAUUGGAAUCCAGAUGCAGGACGAGUUGCUGAAAGUCACGACGGAGCUGCAGACGGCUCUGAAGACGUAUAACCAGUACCACACAGACUGCCUGAUAGCUGAGGGGAAGCUGAAGGACGCUGAGCGGCUGGAGGAGAGACACACUGGCAAGGCGACCGAGCUCGGCCCCGGCCAGCUGGUGGGGCAGAAGCGGAGCUCAGUGAAGAAGAUGGAGAAACUAAUAGAGAAGAGGUUUGGCAGAGUCCAGGAGACCCAGCUGAAGUGCACCAAGGCGCGCAACGACUACCUGCUGAACCUGGCAGCAGCAAAUGCAGCCAUGAACAAGUACUACCUGCAAGAUGUCAGCACCCUCAUCGACUGCUGCGACCUCGGCUUCCAUUUGUCUGUGGAGAGGGUAAUGAAGUGCUACCUGGCCAGUAGAUGGCGUAUCCAGAAGACAGAAGAGACGGGCCUGAAGCAGCUGGAGGCUGCGGUGACUUCCCUGGACCAGAGCGGAGACAGAGAUGCUCUGCUGCAGCAGCAUGACUCCGCAUUCUGCCUUCCCUUCAGGUUCAACUACCACCCACAUGAGGGAGACCAGGUGUGUGAGGUUAGUGCGGAGAGCCAGGUGAGGUAUGAACUGGAGACCAGGUUCCAGCAGCUUCAGUCUCGACUCGCUACCGUUACCUUGGAAACAGAGGAAAUCAGUAAAACGCUGAAAGCCACGCUCGCCGCCCUGCUGGAGACGAUGUGUGACAGCGAGUGCAACCCGUCUCCAGACGUAUGCAGCAGCCUGACACACGACCCCCCUGUGGGGACCAGUGUCCCAAAACUGACCCUGGCUAAACGGCGAGCCAAUCAGCAGGACACAGAGACAUACUACUUUACAAAAGUCAAAGAGUUUCUCACCAGCAACUCUCUGGCCUCCAAGCUUCAAGCCAAACAUGAUCUUUUACAUGAUGCCAUUCAGAAAGCUGAGGCGGUGGACAGCGACCCUUCCAGAAGAAGAAGGAGAAUGUCUCGGACACAGAGCUCCGGACAGCAGAUUCCUGUGGUGGUUGAAAGCUGCAUCCGCUUCAUAAACCUUCACGGACUCCACCACGAAGGGAUUUUCCGAGUUCCUGGAUCGCAGAGGGAGGUCAACCUCAUCAGAGACGCCUUUGAGAGAGGAGAGGACCCGCUGUCGGAGGGUGAGUGCGACCUGGACUCGGUGGCGGGCGUCCUGAAGCUGUACUUCAGAGGCCUGGAGCCUCCUCUGUUCCCCUACGACAGCUACUCUGAUCUGCUGGAGUGUGUCCAAAUCGACGACGACACAGAGAAAGCGGCCAAGAUCAAGACGAUUGUUUCCACCUUCCCUCGGCCCCUCGUCAUCGUGAUGCGCUACCUUUUCGCCUUCCUCAACCACGUGUCCCAGUACAGCGAUGAAAACAUGAUGCAGCCGUACAACCUGGCCGUGUGCUUUGGUCCGAGCCUCCUGAGGGGUCUGAAUUCUGAUGACGCCGUCGCUAGGCAACCACAGGUUAACGACCUUGUCAAGACCAUGAUCAUCCAGCAUGAUGCCAUCUUCCUCGGCCAAUCAGAGCUGCCGGGCCCUGUCUAUGAGAAGCACAUGACUCUGGAGCAGGAAUACUGUGAACCCAUCACGGAGGAGGGAGAUGGAGAAGCAGAGCCUCUCCCCAGUGAGGACGAGUGGGAGGCCGUGGCCAUGUUCGACUACGUGGCCAGAUCCCCAGCAGAGCUGUCGUUUAGGCAGGGGGACCUGCUCCUUCUUCACAGCAAGGCUUCCUGUGAUUGGUGGAGAGGCGAGGUGGGAGGGGUUAAGGGCCUCAUCCCUCACAAAUACAUUAACGUUUUGGAAGGGUCAGAGCGAGGGAAGAGAGAUGAAGGAGGCGGAGGAGGCAGCACUGGAAACCUAACAGCAGAAGAUCCAAACUCGGAGAGCACAACUCGGAUGCGAGUGAACAGCGAUAGUGCUUCGUUACCGGGGAGACAGAAAGGAAGUGAGGGUAGCCCGGGUCGAAAGCCUCAAACCUCCCCCGCCGCCCGGCACCUACCUGUGUCUCAUGAGCGAAGACACACUUUGGACAUCGUAAGACCGGGUAGCUUUAAAGUCUCAGACAGAGCUCCAGUCGCUCUGCAAGAAAGACCUCCAGUAGAUAAGGAGAUGCUCAGCCGUCAGAUGAACUCUGUCUUCAAGGAGCUCCUGUCCCGACAGCCUCCGGUGCAGUCGUCCGCCCCCGUCACCUCCGCUCCGUCCUCCUCGUCCUCCUCUUCAUCACUCGCACAAGCUGCUCCCGCCGCCAAAAAAAUAAGUUUUGGUCUCAGAGGAAGGGACCCUUUCAGACCGGUGGACUGAGAUGAAGUGAGGACAACAAAAGAAUUUACUCUUGAUUAUCCUGCUGUUGCCAACGAGGAGGCUGGCGCAGAACUUGGUUUUAUUUUUGACAUGUGUAAAAUAAUUGCGUCUGCCAUCUCAUAGUGCCACAAGUCUCUGUGCCGUGUAGCCGUGCGUCCGGUGUCUGUUUUUUAGCCAAACGGUUUCCCUUUUUUUGUUGAUUUGGUUACGUCUUGGCAAAUUUCCCAGAAUGGAAAUGUGACUUGAUCAAAACUGACUAUCUCCAAGUGGUUGGUGCGGUUCUGGCUGUGUCAAGAUAAGGAUUCACAAGCUGCCCCCUAGUGGCAAGUCUGAGAAUAGCAUACCUGACGAGUGCAUAUUUGAACAUAUACACCUGACCUGUCUGGGAGAGCCUUCACAUUUUUGACCAUUAACACGUUUUUUUCUCUUCAAACCAUCAAAUGGGCGUAAAACUUGAAUUUUCAAUUGAAAUUUAUUAUUGAACUUUUAUGAGCACUGUUGUUCGUUAUUAAAAAAAAUGCAUUAGAACUGUGAUAAACAGCUAACGUAACCAAAUAUUAAACUAAAUAUAUUAUAAGUAUUAUUUUUUGUCCAAAUGCCCUUAUUUAAGCAUUGCACAUUAGUCUAUGUUGAAUCAUAAAUUCCUACAAACUCUCAUAAAUUCUGAACUCAAAUAUAAACUAAUCGUAAUUUGUAGUUACCGUAUUUCUAAAUAUGCACUGAAUGAAGAUGAAAACAAAAAUAACUGCAACUGAUUAAUGCAUAAUCUGGAAGCUGAAUGCAUUUGAUGGUAAAGUUUUAACAUCUUUUUAAAAUGAUCAAUUUUGUGAUUUUUAUUUUUUAUUCUAAAAUCAAGGAUAGGUUAUGGCAAUAAAAUCUAAAUUGGUCAAUUCAAAAACAUAAUGGAUUACCUUAAAAAAAGUCCACAGCAAAUGACACCAAAUGUUCAUAAUUAUCAAAUAUAUUAUUAACUCUGUCAUUUUAAAUUAGAUUAAUGUUGUGCGUUUGUUUUAGUUAGAUGUGAAAGUUAAUUUGACCUGACUAGCUGUAAAAUGACUGAAGCUACACUUCUGUGUUGCUAUGUAGCCAACAGUUAAAUAUUACCCAUCAGGCCUUGAGAACUAACUUUCAGCUAGAGUUUCAUAGAAUAAAUCUCUUGCUACAUGCAUGUUCUAAAUGCUAAAUUAGUGGGUUUUACUUAAAAAACAUUGAGUCUGCGUUAGCAGCAUCUCCCUUUAUGGAAAUAGUAAAGAACAACCUCCAGUUCACAGUUAAGGUUGGAUAAACGUUAAUAGAUUUUUAGCAGCAAAAAUCAUAAAAUACUUUGAGACAGUUUUGGCUGACAAAAGCUAAAAAGCUUAUUUGGGAAACAAACCCCAUCAGGUUUGAUUGUCUGGACGUACGAUGGAGGAUUAGGGCCACCAGAAAGGACCAUAAAUAAAUAUAUGAGAAAACAGUUGGGAUUAAAAAGAAAUUAUUAAAGUUAUUAUCAUCAUCAUCAACUUUAUUUACAAAGAGAUUUAAUGCAAUUGAACUCGAACAAAACGCUGUACAUUAAAGGCUAAACAUAAUCAACACCAAUUUAAUAAACGAGUGAAUAAAAAAAAGCACAUAUAAAUUAUGAAAACAUCAACAUUUUAUGAGAAUAAAGUUAUAAAAUCAUAAGGAAGAAGUCAGAAUUUUACAAGACUAACGUUGUGAAAUUAGGAUUAAAAACACAAAACCUUUACUAGAAUAAAGUUUUACAAUAAUGACAAAAAGGUAAUAAAACCAUGAGAAUGAACUAAAUUUUUACAAAAGUGAAGUUGUGAAAUUAUAAGAAAAAAAAGUCAAAAUUUUCGUAUAAUUGUCAAUUUAUGAUUUACAAAACUAUAGUUUUACAAGAAAAAAAAUCAUGCUGUUUUGACAACAAAGAUGAAACUUAAUGAAAAUAAAGUCGUACAUUUACAAAAAACAGUAAAGCGGAUUGAGGGAGUUUCUUGAGCAGUGUGAGGUCCCUCGGAUUUUUUUAAAUUGCUCUGCAACAUAAAAAAAACCCGAUAAUGUUUGUUAUCCUUGGUGAAACAUUUUAAAGCUAAAUGUAAGAUUUUAGGGCUUAAUUAAAAAAUACUUUUUUUCCUGUAAAAUUACAGGUUUUUACAGAGUAUUACAGCUUAUUUACGACUUUAUUCUUGGACAAUUUUGAUUUUUUUCGUACUUUAUUGUCAUAUAUUUGUUUCUUUUUAGUUUUUUAUGGAGGCACUGAUACUCUUGUCGUACCGAUUGUGCAAAACCACAAUGAUGAAUAUAAAACCAUGGAGCAGGAGAGCACCUUUGGGGUGCUGAUGGGUUUAAACUUCUGGUUAUUUCUUUUUUUUUUUUUUUUUUUGCGUUCUUCCAAAGUAAUUUGCACUUAAGUACAAAUUUGAACUUUUUCUUGAAGAAAUUAAUUAAAAAGGGCAUUUUGGAAACAAAAUUAUUUAAUUUACAAUAAGAGCAUAAAUUAAUUUCUGUGAUUUGUAUUUAAACUAUUACUGCAACGGAUAGUUUUAUUUUUUCAAGUAACAAUGAUCAUUUGGAGGUUAAAUAUGUCUCAUCAAAUGGCUAUUAUACAUGUUUACCUUCAGAAACUAUGAAUUGGUGUUUGUGUUUUACAAGGCAACUGGUAGAUUAAGGAAAAACACACAGAACAACCACACAUUCCCCUUUAUAUGUGAUAAUCGGGCCUGGAACAGGCCAAAUCUCAGGGCUUUUGCAGAGUUAAAGACGGCCUAACUCAGGUUUGGGUUUGACAGAAUAAUUUCGAGUUUCCCACUCAGGUCUUUGGGUGAUUCAUUCUGCUUUCCUUGAGCGGCAAAGUUGGAAAUGAGUCAUUUUAGGAGUAGAUCAUUCCAGAUAAAAGUGUCAAAAAUCCCAACAAUGAAAUACAGAAACUGAUUCACAAUCCGUUCAAGCAAAUAAACGACAUUUUCUAGCUAUGAACCAAUAACAACAACAUUUCCCUUGAAUAGACCUUUAAAGUUUUACUGGAGUGUGUUUAAUUCAAGUUCAAUGUCAUUUUACAAAUCAAAUGGAACGCACCAUUAUUCAGUCCCUCCAGGAUUUUGCAAAGUUGCAAUCGCUUCAAUUCCCACAAACUCUACAGAUUCAACCACAUAUUUCUUUUUUUUUCCCUAUCUUGAAAAUGUUCAUUUUUGUGUAAAACUGAUUGUUUUUAUAUACAUAUUUAAAGUUGCACAAACAUGAAAAAUAGCUUUAUUUUAAAAUAAAUCCCUGUUCAAUAAGGAAUUUCAUCAAUUCUGUGAAUUUCUUUUGGUGAUUACAUGAAAUUGCGUUUUUAAUAACCUGGGAAAAAACUGUUGCUUUAAGUCUCGUACAUUCUGCUAUGACCCUUCAGGUCAAAAUGAUCAUUUAUUGCGACUUUUAUUGCAAAUUUUUAGAAAAACUGUCUCAAUUUCAGGAUUUUUUUGCUCCACAAUCAUUAAAAAAAGCCAGUGAGAUCCUGGCGGGACUGGACUGGAUGCUUUUUAACUGGAAACGGUACCCACACCUGAACAGCCAAAAUGGUCCGGUAUCAGAGCUGACCCCCUCUGGUUUGAACUGUGAAAGCAACGGCGGCAUUGUGGAUCCAGGACGGAAAAUCUCCUUUCUCCACAUACUGUUGCCCCUUUGCAAUGACGCUUUAAGCACUGGUCAUAUUUUAAGAAAUGCUUUUGAGUUUCUGAUGUAACUGUCACUGUCAUCUUUUUGUUUGUUUGUUUGUUUUUUACAUCCAUGAUUCUUCUUCUGCAACUGAAACCUGUGUUUUUAAUCUGUUUGAUGAUGCCACAAGAUUUACUGUGUUCAAGUGUGUAUGUGGAUGAAAAAAAUCUGAAUACAAUAAAGAGAAUAAAGUGAUGAAUAAA